UAUAUUGGGCGAUUAUCAAACAAAUAUGUGAACCCAUACCUCUAUUGAAAUUAAUCAAUUCACUUUAAAAACAGAAAUGAAGUUUUGUAGAAGUUUGAUGACUGGAAUUUGUUAUACACCAUGCUGAGCAGAGAACGUGGAAGCUCACACUCAGAGCACGGAGGAAUUAUUAGGUUCGGACACUGAACGUAGAGAUACAUCCAUAUAUCCAAUUAAAAUUUGCCAUGUGGGCUGUGCUUUUGGUGCACUUUUUGUCUGCGUUUUGAUUGUGCUUUUUGACUGCACUUUGGCUGUGCUUUAUCUGCACUUUACGAGCACUUUUGAUACGCUUGGCUUAAAAUUAUGCGGACACAUUUAAUUUAUAAAGUAAAAAAUAAAUUUAAUUGAAUAUUCACAUGUACACUCCACGCAUCAAUAUUUUAUUGGAGUCCGGACGUAUCUCUAUGUUCGGUGUCCGGACCUAAUAAUAUUUCCGGAGCAGGAGGCGAAAAAAUAAAGCUGCAAUAUAGUUAAUACUUAAUAUGAACCGUAGAAAUACUUUCAUAUAAACCGCAAAUAUUAAACUUACCGCUAUGUAUGUAUACAGUCAUACAGAAGAAGACAUACAAAAAUAAUACACUUUUACUCCAGCUCUCCAGCGUUAUUCUUCAAUAUAUAUAUCUUCUCUUCUCUGUUUUUUUUUUCAUGAACUCUCUUCUCUGUUUUUGAUACUGUAGGUCUACAAAGUGUAGGGUUUUUAUUUUAUUUUAUUUGAGAAGUCUAGUGUUUUAUUGUAAAUUUUAUGUACAUUACUACAUGAGAUGUAAUUGUAUUGACGAUGCAUUGUCCUUAUGAAUUAAACUAUAUGGCAUCCACGCGUUUCGCAUUUGACUAAAUAGAUAAAUUCAACCAAGAACACUUUCUCUUACUGGGGCUUGGGAGAGAGAGAGAGAGACGAUGAGGGUGGAGCAGCUACUGGAGAAGAUGAAGGCGAAGGUUUUGGGGUCGCUGGGCAGAAAGAAGAAGAGUAAGGAGUCAUACUCGAAGAUGGACAAGACUGCGAGCAUCAAGGUGGAGAUUCAAAGCAGGAAGGCACAACGCCUCAUUGAGAAGACGCUCGUCGCUGCCGAUCGAGCCGGCAAGCCCUCCCUCUCGCUCCCACCCAAUCAUCGUUCACCUCUAGCAGCUUAAAAAGAUUUAUUGAUGUCCACAUAUUCUUAAUUUAUCCUCUUUCUCCUACAUGUGUACGUGCUACUUAAUAUAUACAAGCCAAUGCAUAAUUACUUAAUUCCAUACCUUUACUCUUACUGCUACAUAUAUGUACGUCUAUAGAAGAUAAUUCAGAUAAAAA